CCAGGACAACUUUUUUUUUCACACAUCUCCUCUCGUUCUUCUGUCAACUCUUGCACUCUUAUCUGUACUUCUUGUCCACGUACAUCAAAUCUUCACACACGCAAUCGAACCACAAUAUGCCUCGACGCAAGUCUGGUAUCGCGCCAGCAGCAGCUCACCCUGCUGUCCCUGUUAGACGUUCAAGUCGAAUCAGCACCCCCUCUCAACGAUAUACACCCCCUCCUGCUCCUACCAAGGUUACCAAGGUAAGCUCAUCCUCAUCCAUCUUCAAAUAUCAGCAGCUAACAUACGUCCACAGCGCAAGGGAAAGGGAAAGGUUGCUGCAGCCGUCGCUGCAAAGGUUUGUAUCUCAACACGCGUCCACACUUCGCCCGUUGACCCUUUUUUGCAGACCGUCAAGAAGGCUCUUACAACCAAGAAGGCCUCUGGCACAACCAAGGUAAGUGCUUCGACACUCAUCGCAAGUCAAAUUCACCCGACUGACUUUCGUCAGGCUACCAAGGCUGCCGUCGGCAAGAAGGUAUAAAUUCCAUCUCUCUUCACACUUGACCUUCCUUAUUCCUUCAACAACAUUGACCUCCAACCUUCAACAACUGCUAACCCAUCACCUUAGCGCAAAAACGACGACGACGACGAUGCCCAACCGUCCAAGAAGUCCAAGACCAACACGGGUCUCGCUGCUCCUGUCAAAGGACGAAAGCUCGCUGCCAUCAAGGUACCUUCUGCAAAGGCUGCUGCUCCUGUCAAAGUUUGUGAGCCCCUCGUCCAUAUUCUUCCUCUGCUAAAUAUUGUUCAGGGUCGUAAGAUGGCAAAAGCCACCAAACCAUCCACCAAAGCAGCAAAAGCUGCCACCUCAAAGGUAAGUCCAUCUCUCCAUCGUCUUCAAUUUCCCCUGCUGACUUGGCUUUCUUCAAAGGCUACCAAGGCUGCUGCCAAAGCAGCUAAGGCUGCCGCCCCCAAGGUAUGUACUUUCCCUCCUCGUCGCCUGUCUUUACCUCGUCUGACUUGAUCUUCUUCAUAGGCUGCCCCCAAACCAAAGAAGGAGUUGCCGAUUAUCAAUGCUGUUGCCACCCAGAAUCUUGAAGUCUUUUCCAUGGGCGAGGGCUCUGGUGGAGAACUUGGUCUCGGAGCAAAGCAUGUACGUGGUCGUAUGAUCACGGAUGUCAAGCGUCCCCGACUCAACCCUUUCCUUGCAGCUGAUGCCGUUGGUGUCGUUGCUCUUGCUGUUGGUGGUAUGCAUUGCGCCGCCCUUACACAUGACCAUCGUAUCUUGACUUGGGGUGUCAACGACGGUGGUGCGUUGGGUAGAGACUCAACCACCACCGAAGUUAAGUUGAAGGAUGCUGGCGCGGACGAUGGCUCAUAUUCAGACUCUGAGUUCGAUGAGGAGAGCGGACUCAAUCCCAACGAAGCUAGCCCUGGAGAAGUCAACUUGAAACACUUCCCAGCAGGUACGAAGUUCGCCAGUAUUUAUGCUGGUGAUUCCAUGACCUUUGUUGUCACCACAACCGGCCUCGUAUAUGGCUGGGGUUCAUUCCGAGUAAGUAAACAUUCUUUUCUCUGUUUUCUGGACUUCCUUCUGACAUUUGCAGGGUAACGAUGGACCAAUUGGGUUCACACCAGAGGUCAAGAUGGCCACCAGACCCAUCUUGAUUCCUCAACUUAAGAACAUCGUCUCCAUGGCCACCGGCACCAACCAUGUCCUGGCAUUGGACAACAAGGGAGCUUGCUGGGUCUGGGGCGCUGGGGAGCAAAACCAGCUCGGCCGACGUGUGGUUGCCAGAACCGCCGUCAACUCUCUUGUUCCUCGUCCCUUGCCUUUGCCUCGUGGAAAGCAUGUUAUCAAGGUUAUUGGUAGUGGUGACUACCAUGCCUUUGCUGUUACCGAGAAAGGACAAACUUUCGCUUGGGGCUUGAACUCUUUCCGUCAAACUGGUAUCCAAACUAAGGAUCUUGACGACACAAUUAUUAGCGCACCCACUCUUGUCACCACUCUUAGUGGUAAGAACCUCGCGCAAAUUACUGGCGGUGCACAUAGUUCAAUUGGGGUCACCACCACUGGCGAAGUUGUCGUCUUUGGUCGUUUGGAGAAUUCCGAGGGUGGAAUUGACCGUACAACAGUCGACGAAUCACAGGUCUUUUUCCAGGACGGCCGGCCCAAAUUUGCAAAGGUCCCAUUGGUUGUUCCCGGUAUCGACGCAACAAUGGUUGCAGCUGCGAAUGAUACUUGCAUGGCUGUUACCAAGGAUGGACGAGCUUUCUCCUGGGGCGCAAAUAUGACGUACCAAGCCGGACAGGGGGAUAUCGAAGACGUGAAGGUAGCAACUCUGCUGGAAAACUCCGCGAUUCGUGGUAAACAAAUGGUGUUCUGUGGAAUCGGGGGACAAUUCUCACUUUUGGGUGGUUUGGCUGCGGAGGGAGAGGAAAAUACAGCAUAGAUUGUUUGUUUGGGGGGUUUGGUCUGUUCUUUGGAGUGGUUUUUUCGUGGAUAUUUUCGCCAAAUUUGGCCUUGAUUACGGGGGGGAAAAGUUACUUGAUUGUUUUUUUUUUCGAUUGUUCUUGUUGUAUACCCCUAGUAGAUGGUCGAUACUUUCCCAUCUUUGAGAAUUUUUCUCUCUCCGCUACGCUUUGUUAGAUUAGAUACCCAUUUGUCGUUUUCGCGGGUUUCUCUAGGAACUGAUUACUUUUCCACUCUUCA